AUGGGUGAGGCAUCCUAUGUGAUUGGAAUUGAAAUAUUCCGUGACCGAACACAUGGAUUGUUAGGAUUGUCUCAAAAGGCCUAUAUUAAUAAAGUUCUAGAGAAAUUUAAGAUGGACAAAUGCUCUUCAAGUGUAGUUACAAUUCAAAAGGGAGAUAAAUUUAGUCUCAUGCAAUGUCCAAAAAAUGAAUUGGAACGAAAUCAGAUGGAAACUAUUCCUUAUGCAUCUAUUGUUGGAAACUUAUUGUAUGCACAAACUUGCACUAGACCAGACAUCAGUUUUGUUGUGGGUAUGCUAGGCAGGUAUCAAAGUAAUCCAGGAAUGGAUCAUUGGAAAGCUGUAAAGAAAGUUUCAAGGUAUCUGCAAGGAACGAAAGAUUAUAUGCUUACUUACAAGAGAUCUGAUCAUCUUGAGGUGAUUGGAUAUUCAGAUUCAGAUUUUGCUGGAUGUGUAGAUACAAGAAAAUCCACUUUUGGCUAUUUGUUCCUGUUAGCUGAAGGAGCAAUUUCAUGGAAAAGUGCAAAGCAGUCUAUUAUCGCUGCAUCCACUAUGGAAGCUGAAUUUGUAGCAUGCUUUGAGGCUACAGUUCAUGGUUUAUGGCUGCGGAACUUUAUCUCAGGACUUGGAAUUGUCGACAGUAUUGUCAAGCCGCUGAGAAUUUAUUGGUGA